AUGGUGUCCCCUCUUAGCCGCUUCUGCCUUUCGGCAGUCACGUUGCGCGGCCCUAAAGCACUUGGAGCCGGGGAACACCACAUUCUCUCACAUUCUUUGGAGUCUGGUCCUCGACUGGGACCUCUUCAUCUGAAUUCUGACUAUUCAUAUUGCACAGAAAAACGUCCCCCCGGAGGUGCACCAUCCGACAGGGAGAGUAGCGUCUGGCUUAUGACUCAGAAAAAUACUCCAGAACCCUUGUGGCGCCAGGCCCAAGAGAUGGAUAGAGAUGGGAAUUCUCAUGAAGGGUCAGAUGAUAAUGAUUCUGAUACUAUUCCUCAUUCAUGGCUUGGUCACAGAAACCUACUCAGACUCCUAGACCCCAGUUUCAGUGGAAAUCAUGAAGCAUUUCUGAAAGAAUGGAAGAAAGACCAUCCAGUCAUAAUAUCCCACAUUACUGAGAAGUUGGAUUUGAAAUUGUGGACUCCUACAUAUUUUUCCCAAGGUUAUGGGGAAAGUAAAGUUGAUAUAGUUAAUUGCAUCACAGGGGAAGUAAUACCUGAUCAGAGGAUGAAAUUAUUCUGGGAUGGGUUCGAAGACUUGGGAAGUCGACUGAAAGAUAAAAGAGGUCACCCAAUGAUUCUUAAAAUGAAAGAAUGGCCUAGAUGCACAAUGUUUGAAUCAGUUUUGCCAGAACAUAUGAAUGAUCUUCUUGGAGCUCUUCCCUUGUCUGCAUGCACACAUCCAAAAGGCUUAUUCAAUUUUAUAAAUUACUUGCCAAAAGGAAUCUUAAGUGAUGACUUGGGCACAGAAUUACUAUGUGGUUAUGGAGCUGUUAAGUAUCCCUGGGUAGGUACAAAAAAGGUUGAUGUGAAUAAAAGUGAUUCAUUAAGUAUUCUGGUAUACGUUGGCAAAGUCACAAAUGAAGAUGGUGGUAAUGAGGGAAAAAAAGUUUUACAGGCAGUUAAAGAUGCUGGGUGUGAUCAACUGUCUAUGGAACGAGUAAAAAUGAAUGGAGAUAUA